CCUCAAACGGUGCGAUCGAGCGUUUCACAAUCCUCACUCUAAACACGCUGAACGGUUAAAUAAACCGUUAUGUGCUGCGCCUCUCUUCACAUCCAGUGAAGACUGAACGGAGAGUGGGUGUUUAUAAACUUCAUUAUUGCCUUUUAACUAUUAACCAUUUAAAAACUCGUUGAGUUUACUUCAUUGAAUGUUACUGGAACACUAUACUUACUUGCUGUAAACUUUGGUUACCUCUGGAAGUUGUCAUUAUCCCGCAGUUUCGGGUGAGUCAGACGUCGCAGUGCCACAGGAGGUAUAUGCAUCGCACAAUUCCAUCACACCAUCAUGAUUCCUGACGCGGUUUUCAUUUUCAUAUUACUAGUGAUCGGGCUAGCAUCGGCAACAGACAUCCCCAGUGAUCUCAAGGUUACAACGAAUAUUGGCAAGGUUCUCGGGAAGAGACUCACAGUCGUUGCUCGUGGUGCUCCAAAUAGACAGGUGGACGCCUUCUUGGGGAUUCCUUAUGCUGAACCCCCAUUGCGUGAGCUAAGAUUUAGACCUCCAGUACCGAAACGAGCUUUUAAUCACACAUUUAAUGCCACAUACUAUGGCUACGGGUGUGAUCAUAUCCCCGACAUGACUUUCCCUGGUUUCCAGGGAUCAGAGAUGUGGAACUCACCGGUAAGAUUACAUGAGGACUGCUUGAAUUUGAAUGUUUGGACUCCUUACCCAAGGCCACAGGCAGCCACUGUCAUGAUUUGGAUUUAUGGUGGUAGCUUCCUGUCUGGAGUCUCUUCGCUAGAAUUGUACGAUGGUCAAUAUCUAGCUGCCGAGCAAAACGUGGUGGUGGUGUCCAUGAACUACCGCCUUGGAGCUUUAGGAUUCUUAGCAAUGGACCAUGAGAGUUCACCCGGAAACCAAGGGUUGAUGGAUCAAAAAGUGGCCAUGCAAUGGGUUCAGGAUAACAUCCACCAGUUUGGAGGAGAUCCUAAUCAAGUAACAAUCUUUGGUGAGAGCGCUGGUGCUGCCAGCGUAGCUCUGCAUAUGCUAUCGCCAGUAAGUCGCACUCUGUUCCAACGGGCGAUCAUGCAAAGUUCUGCAGCCACAGCACCCUGGGCAACGGUCACCAAUGAUGAAGGUCUAAGGAGAGGCAAGCUCUUAGCAAAAGAAUUAGAAUGCAGUGAAUAUAGUAACGGCACCGAGUUAACCAUCCCUUUAAUGAUAGACUGUAUAAGAACGAGGGAAGUCACACAAAUUCUCGCAAAGCAGUAUGCAGUCACAAACGGUUUCUGCGAGUUUCAAUUCCCACCGGUCGUAGAUGGCACAUUUAUAACAGAAACACCAAGGACAUCGCUAGAAAGGCACUCUUUUAAGCCCGGAGAAAUCCUGUUGGGGAGCAAUUUGAACGAAGCAAAUUUCUUCCUAAUAUACGAAGUACCAGGAUUCGACAAAGAUCACGAAAGCUUACUGAAUAGAGACGAGUAUUAUGAUGCUCUGCAGUACGUCUUUCCAAGGGUUAAUAGUUUUGGUCUUGAUGCCACUGCAUUCCAAUACACUGAUUGGUUAGCUCCAAACGAUCCCGUAAAGCUACGAGAUGGUGUGGACUUCGCUGCCGGUGAUUAUCUCUUUACAUGCUCCACAUAUGACCUGGCCUACGCCUAUGCCUCUGCUGGCAAUAAGGUAUAUUACUAUAGAUUCUUAGAAAGAGACUCUACACACCCUUGGCCGGAAUGGAUGGGUGUUCUUCACGGUGAUGAGAUUCUCUAUGUCUUCGGAAUGCCUCUAGUGGCACAGCGAAAUUAUACUGAUAUCGAGGUGACACUUAGUCGGAAAAUCAUGACCUACUGGGCCAACUUCGCGAAAACUGGAAAUCCCAACAAGAUGACAGAGAGUGAUCCAGAUUCUAACGAAUGGCCUAUGUAUAAUACAAAUAAACAGAGAUAUUUAGAACUGACUGAAGAUCUUGCGAAUAACAAUCCUUCCCUAGGCAGAGGACCAAGGGCUGACAAAUGUGCUUUCUGGAGAGAUUAUUUACCAACGUUAGAAACGCAAACAGGAGAUAUUCGAGAGACAGAAAUAAAGUGGAAGGAAGAGUUCACGAAAUGGUACACAAAACACAUGGUUAAUUGGAAGGCCGAAUUUGCACGCUACAUCAAUAACAAGAACGAACAGUGCGAUGGGCGAUGAACGGAGAUCUUAAAUCAGAGACACUGUAAAAUCACCUGAACACUAUCCAAGGGCGGUGCCACAGGGGACAGGGGCGACCACCCCCCUAGAUUUUAAAAGUAA